ACCGAUCUUUGUUGCCGACCAAAGAUUCUGUCCGUAAACGCCAAUGAUUUCGUUCCUUCAGGCGCCACACACAUGGCAUGCCCAAAAGGCCUGAUGACGAGAUCGAGACCGAGGCAAACCAGGACUAGCCGCCUGCGAAGGCGAGCCGUUCGUGUGGUCCGUUGGCAGCUAAAUGCCCGAUGUGCCGUGAUUACUUCCCGAGAUCUCAAGCUGAGCCCACUGCAGCCAAGCUCACUCAUGACCAAUGUUGGUUAUAUAAAUGGUCUGCAGAGUUGCUGGACUGCGCUGUCCGCCAUGUUGUCUUCCUCAUCGCUUCUACUCCCACGGCACGGACGUUGAGUUUGAUACACCAAGGAGACCAGCUGCAGGCGCUCGCAGACUUCACGAUUGAUACACUCCACAAGCAUGUCGACUAAAGAGAAUGUGAGACCCGACGGGGUCGCUUACUAUGACAUUGUCAUUGUCGGUGCCGGUCCAGUCGGACUGAUGCUCUCUACGAUGCUUGCAAGAUGGGGCUACAAGAUCAAACAUGUGGACAAUCGCCCUGAGCCAACGCCUACAGGUCGCGCAGAUGGCAUACAGCCUCGGUCUCUGGAUCUCCUGAGGAACAUGGGACUGAAGGCCGCCAUCAUGGAUCACAAGCCUGCUCGGGUGUACGAGGUCGCAUUCUGGGACCCCAACUGCAAAGGCAUUGCGAGAACUGGCACCUGGGCUAGCUGUCCGAGUUUCAUCGAUGCGCGGUACCCCUUCACGACGCUGCUGCACCAAGGGCUGAUUGAAAGGGUCUUCAUUGCCGAUUUGGAGAAGAAUGGAGUCCACGUCCAACGGCCCUGGACAGUACAUGACUUUCAAACUGACCCGGCAAAGGACGCCACAUACCCUGUCCAGGUUGAGCUGUCUCAGGUAGACGGACCUCGAACUGAAAAGAUCCGAGCCAAAUACCUGUUUGGCGGUGAGGGUGCACGAUCGUUUGUGAGGCAGAAACUGGGUAUCCCUGUCCGCUAUCAUGACCCUAUUUCUCAUGUCUGGGCCGUGCUAGACGGUGUGGUUGACACAGACUUCCCAGACAUCAAGAUGAAAGCCACUAUCCAUAGCGAACAUGGGUCUAUCAUGGUCAUUCCGAGAGAAAACGACAUGGUUCGCCUGUACAUUCAGCUCGCCUCCUCGUCGGACCCAGACUGGGAGUCCAAACGCACCGCGACCGAGAGCGAGGUCCAAGAGAUGGCCAAAAAGAUCCUCCAACCUUACCGAAUCACUUGGGAGAGAGUUGAAUGGUUCUCGGUCUAUCCCAUUGGGCAGGGAAUCGCCGACAAUUACACACUAGAUCAGCGUGUGUUUCUCGGAGGCGAUGCAUGCCACACUCAUAGCCCUAAAGCUGGUCAGGGGAUGAAUACGGCUUUCCUCGAUGCUCAAAACCUCGCUUGGAAAAUUCAUGCGGUUGAGAGCGGCUUCGCCAAGCGGGACUUGCUGAAGACGUAUGAGCCCGAGCGCAGGAAAAUGGCCCAGAAGCUGCUCGAGUUCGACAACCGGUAUGCUAAGCUCUUUUCUCAGCGGAUACCUGCGGCAGACGAGGUCAAGGCAGCGUCCGACAAUCACGGCACCGAAGCUGAGGAGCACGACAACGACUUUGUCAAGAUGUUCAAGGAGUCUUGCGAGUUUACAAGUGGUUACGGCGUGUAUUACGAGCCGAACGUCCUGAACUGGUCGCCAGACCACCCAGCACAAUCAAGCCUUAUGCUGAAAAAGGCAACGAAGCUCAGUCCCGGGCAUCUCUUCAUCAACACGAACGUCACGAGGGUUGUAGAUGCAAACAUUGUCCAUUUGGAGCAAGAGGUCCCCUUGAAUGGAUCAUUCCGCUUGUUCGUCUUUGGUGGUGACCCCAAGAAGUCACGGACAGCACUGUGCGACCUUGCGAACGGACUUGUGGCCAAGAACUCCUUCUACACGAAUCACCUACGCCAAGACGUGUCGUUAGUCUCACACCACGAGAAGAACAAUCCCCAUAGCUUGUUCUUCACCAUUUGCACUGUGUUUGCGACCAAGCGAUCGGACAUUGAGAUCUCUCGAGAUGUCCCGGGGGUUCUUGCCAGGUAUCGAGAACACAUCUACGCAGACGACCUGCACGACGAAAAGGUGCCAGCCGCCAAAGCACCAGCGCAUGCGAAGACGGGCUUUGGCGACUCACAGGGCGUCGUCGUUGUCCGGCCUGAUGGAUACGUGGGCGCUAUCGUUGAGCUGCAAGAGGGCAAGGGGACAAUGGAGGCCCUCAACGAGUACUUUGGUGCAUUUUGUACCAAGGGGGUGAGUGACACGAAGACGCAGGCACGGCUCUGAGUCCGAGUGCACGCCUGGAUAUGUAUAGACGUCGCGGAUUCAAGUAGCGUUGCAUAGUUGAAUGAAACAAAGCCUCGAUCAGUAAAUUUGCAGAUCUGCCGUAUCCUCUCGACAAAGUCGCUGGCGCUGGUGUCUUG